AGAAAUCGACUGCCCAGCGUUUGUCAUGCUGCGAUAUGAUUUCGAAAAUGAGGAUUUGGACAAGCAGAUACGGCACAAAUCGGCCUACAUUUGCAAUGAUGAUGUCACAUCCAAAUUGCGGGAGUUCCUGCGUUCUGACACCAUCGGUGUAGACCACAUUGUUAAGACGCCCUUCGGGGGGCGCAAAUUGGUUUACACGGACUUCACGGCUUCUGGCCGAGCAUUACAAUGGAUUGAAGACUUUAUCAGAGAUCAGAUUCUUCCUGCCUACGGCAACACGCACACUUUGUCUACAUCGACGGCACGACAGUCUACCUUUUUUCGAAAUGAAGCGAGACAAAUCGUGAAGCACUAUAUGAAUGCAACCCACGAAGAUGCUCUUAUUUUCUGCGGUGCUGGUACAACGGGAGCCGUGCAGAAGUUUGUGAGCAUCAUGUGCCGUUCACAAUGGCUGCUUCCGUCUUUUGCGGAGAACAGUUUGCAGAGUAGUGCGGGAGUGUCCGAUGGCUUUCUCAGUGAAGAUCGCUGGGGUAGCUAUGAGUGCACGCUCUGUGGCGUGCGCUUGAAGACAGAAGCGCAGUAUCGCAGCCAUGCAGGCAGCGAGAUGCACCAGCAGAAGCUGAGGGCACAGCGGCCAAAGGAUGUCUUCGAAGGCGUGCGCCGCUUGGUGGUCCUCUGCGAUGCGCUGGCGCACCACUCCUCGUUGUUGCCCUUUAGGGAGCUCACACACCGCUAUGUUCAUGCGAGCACGGAGCCCAUUUUUGCGGAUUCCAUGUACAGCCGCGGGCACGCUGUUGAGAACAGCGUGGAGAUGGAGGUUUGCACCCUGAAGCUAAAUGCUUCUACGGGUAUGAUGGAUGAGAAUGAUCUGACGGAGCGACUGGCAAAGGUCCAGUCAAUGAAAGGUGCGGCUGCGGUUUGCGUAUUGUGUGCUGGCUCCAACGUCACUGGGCUUUUGGCAGAUGUGCCCCGCCUGACCAGCAUCAUCCACCAGCAUGGCGGCUUGGCCUGCUGGGAUUAUGCAGCAACAGCUGGCCAUUUGCGACCUGAUCUGAACCCUCCGACCUGGCCAGACGCCACUGUGGACGUGGCGUUCUUUUCGCCGCACAAACUCCUGGGCGGUCCUGGUUCAGUUGGCCUUCUGAUAGCCAAGAAGAGGCUGCUGAGAAAUUCGGUGCCAGCUGAACCGGGUGGUGGUGUGGUGUUCUUUGUCGAUCAUGAAGGACACUCCUACAUUCAGAACAGCGAGGACAGAGAAGAAGCUGGUACGCCAGACAUUAUCGGCUGUAUCCGAACAGGCCUAGUGCACCAUUUGCACACCUUGCUGCCCGAGAAGGUAUUUGAGGCCGAAGCACAGGGGCUCCGCUUCUUGAUGGAGCGCUGGGCAGGCAACCAUCGCAUUGAGGUGCUUGGCAAGGCAGAUCUUUCGCAGCCGCGUGCUGCAAUCGUGUCCUUCAUGAUCCGCUACGGAAACUCACCAGAAGGCGGCCUAUAUUUGCACUACAACUAUGUGGUAGCUCUGCUCAAUGACCUCUUCGGAGUUCAGGCCAGGGGAGGCUGCGCCUGUGCGGGGCCCUAUGCCCAGCAGCUGCUGGGCAUCGACCCCACGACGGCCAAGGCCUUUGAUGAGGCACUCAUGCGAUCGGCGCAGGAGGUGCUGCGACCAGGUUUCGUCCGUGUGGGCGUGCACUUUACCAUGUCUCAAAGUGACCUGGAGUUGAUGGCUUCAGCCAUUGACUGGGUUGCUACCCAUGGUUGGCGACUGCUGCCAGCAUACAGCUUCUGCGUAGAGACAGGGGAGUGGUACCACCGUCUUGCCACGCCGCAGCAGGAUCGAGCCUGGCUCUCCUCUCUUGCACCGCCCGUCCUGCAGAACACACUCCGAGAACUGGAGACAUCGCAUAAAGCCAAGGAGCAGACGCCCCCACAGGAUGUUCUGGCAGCAGCAGAUGCUGCGCUGACAAGCAGCUUCAGAGGUGAGAAUCCGAUUCCAUUGUCGUCGACACGUUGCCCCCUUCUGGAUGCAGAGUAUGCACACCUGGUUUGGUUUGCGCUUCCCACAGACGCUUCAGAGGUGCUGCUUGCUGGUGGGACGCAGCCACGGCUGGCGGCAGAGGGGGCAAUAUUCACGGCAGCGAAGGCGGUGGACCGUCCGACCCACUCCAUUUUUGAGGUUUCUAGCGUAAGCUCAGCACAGAGCACCGCAGAUAGCACAGGGCAGAGCGAGGAACUGCCCGCCCCCUGCGAAGUUGAAGUGCUACCAUUUGAGUUCGGGGAGGUUGAGGAGGAUGCUUCAGAGUUCGACAGUGCAGGUCAUUGUCCGGCGCCGGCUUAUCCGAGCACCGCCAUUGCACCUAAAGUGCCAAAGUCCUUGCGAAGCCAAGUGGCGGGAGCCAUCAAGGAGUAUGACAUGAUCCGCGAAGCUGACAGACUGCUAGUCGGCUUGUCCGGCGGCAAGGAUAGCCUCACAAUGCUGCAUGUGCUUCUAGAGCUGCAGCGGCGUUCACCUGUGAAGUUUAGCAUUGCCGCGGCUACGGUGAACCCGGAGACACCCGAGUUCAAGCCCGAGCCCCUCAUAGACUACUUGAAGGCGCUGGGUGUGACCUACCACUUCUUGUCGAAGCCACUCAUUGAAAUGGCCAAAUGCCACCUGGAUCCCAAGAAGCCCUCCAUAUGCUCUUUUUGCGCUCGCAUGAAGCGAGGCAUGCUGUAUACCUGUAUGCGAGAGAACAACUACAACGUCCUUUGCCUCGGGCAGCAUUUGGACGAUUUCGCCGAGUCGUUCCUCAUGUCAGCUUUCCGGAACGGCUCGCUGCGCACCAUGAAGGCCAAUUAUGCAGUGGCGGCCAAGGAUUUGCGAGUCUGCAGACCUUUGGCGCAUGUGCGCGAAAAGACGCUGGCGCAGUUUGCCAAGGACAACAGGCUGCCGGUGAUUGCCGACAACUGCCCGGCCUGCUUUGCCGCUCCAAAGGAGCGCCACCGUAUUAAGCUGAUGCUUUCCCAGCAGGAGUUUGAGCAUCCGGACUUGUUCUGGUCACUGAGCUCCUGUAUGAAGCCCCUGAUGUCAAUCUCUCAGACUGAAAGGACAAUGGAUUGGUGGCGGCAACUUAUGGCCGAAGAGGACGAAGAGGAAGUGCCUGCACAGGCCCUGGCGCAGGGCAAUGGAGUGGUGGUGGCACCUAUCCAAGAAAAGCAAGAUGGGCCACAUAUAGUUCUGGUCGCAUGUGCCUCUGCACUGUGUGGAGCCUUGGCUAUGUGGCUGGCCCGGCGGUAGCCCGGUCCUACGCCUGAGCUUCUUUACUCGGCUUGCGAAAGCAAGCCCACGUUAACGACCUUGUGAAAUCGUCAUGUGAAUAGAGUUUUGCAGAGGUAGACGUAGGUGCGC